CAGGGACUGAAGGACUGCCCACUGCUCCCCCCUCCGAUUGGCAUUCGAAAGGUUCAUUGAAGGACUGCUCACUGCUCCCCCUCCGAUUGGCAUUCGAAAGGGAUGAACCCUAAUCGAACCAGUGCUAAGGAUUCUUCCAAACAAUCUCAAAGACUCAGAAAACCCCAUCAUCUUUCUCCACUCUUUGCAAGGCUUCGUGUAUUUUCCUUUCGAUUUUGGACAGUAUAAAUGGGUAGGAAGAAAAUAAGGUCGACAAUUGAUGAGAUACCAAAACAAAGGCUAAAUUUGAGAAGUGGAAGAUAUGAAAUGAAUCUCCCAGAAGAAGAUUUCAAGAAAAAAGCUGCAGCAUAUUCGUUGAAGAAGCGAUUUGCAGAUGGGAAGAAAAGAAAAAACACAGGCUUUACAGCUAUGCAGUCUCGUUUUAACAAGAUCAAGGAGAGCAAUGGCGAUGGACAGCAAUACUCUCAUGAUUCGGAUGUCAUGAAGCAAUCGCGUGGUUCUGGAGAUGAGCUCAAUAGCCCUGUGAUUGUCCGUUGUGUUAAAUCUGGUGAUGUGGAGAUGGUCAAAGAGAUAAACGGUGUGGUUUAUCUAAAAGAACACUCAGGAGAAGAGGUGAGAUUAGAUCCAGCUAUACUCUUUGCCGAUGUUAGUGAGGCAGAUAGGUCAAGGCUUUUGAAAGUUUUUGUGCAAAGGCCAGAUACAUUCAUGCGCAUGGGAAGUCUCGGCUCUUUCUUUGUCCGCUUUGCCUUGGAGUCUUUCAGUCGAUUGUGGGGUAUGCUUGAGAGCACAAAGAUAGGAGAUUUGAGCGAAGAAGAGCUUGAUGAUUUAUUGAAGUCAUUUGGGGAUAUGCAGCGGUGCUUGAUCAAGACUGAUUGGCUUGAGGCUAGAUUGAAGAGGAUGGGGAGAUUGAAGAAAGCUAAGCUGGAGGGAAUUAACAAACUGAAGACAAUUAACACCGAACGGGAGAAGGCCAGGGCAGAGAUAGUGGAGUUGAAGGUAUUACUCUCCAAAGCAGAGGAGGAAAAACACAAGCUGGAUGAGGCGGCUCAGGCACUUGGUGCUAAAUCCGAGGAAGAUAUUUCUUUGGAGUGGAGUGUUGUUGAGAGCUUGUUUGCGGGGAGGAAGAUAUGCGAUAAGCAUGCAGGGGUUGUGCAGAACCUUGUCAAGAAACGGAACAGAGGGGAGGGUGGAGAAGAAGGAUGGCUGGGGGAGCAGCAAAAGGACAAGCAAAAUGGGAGAAGGAGAAUUGAAGGGAUACGCUUUGCAGGACGAGAACACUAUGUAGAGGGUGCCUCUAGUAGUGAGAAUUUUUCAGAGCUCGUGUUGAUGGCUGGGGGAAAACCUGUUGCGGUGCUUAUUCGCUAUUCAGUUUGAGUCUGAAGCAUGAACCCCUCUCUUAUUCUGGUGUCGCACAUUAUUCACUCUGCGAACAUGUGUCCGACAGUCAAAUCCGAAGUGGACAUGCCACAAUGCAUUAUUACACGCUAGGGUGUCAAGCGGAACCAAAGGUGUAACACGGUCUUAGGUUGAACUUAAUCCCAAAAGCUAGCUAAUGAAGUGAACUUAAUCCCUCACGCUUUUAUAUGUCAUACUACUUUGGAUCUUAGGCGAUGAGGUACUUUCCUUCAACACAGACUCCCAUGGAACUUUAAGAUACUUUUGUUUGUGUAUAAUGGAUGAUGGCUAAUAGAGUAAUGGCAAAUGCAUAAUAUGUUUAUAA